GCUCGGCGGGUGUUGAGGCUUCAGAGGCAGCAGAGCUUGUUGCGGAUUACAAUGAUUGCAACCACUCAACAAAACAUGACCACGGAGCUGGACCUGGGAAGUUCAGACGGUCCUCCGCGGAACUGGAAGGGCAUAGGCAUUGCCUUGGUGGUGAUCCUGGCUGUUAUGUCUCUGGUGAUUCUUUCUGUCAUCCUCCUCACGCCUGAUGAAUCUCACCUGUUACUCCAUUCCCAUAUCACCAUGGAGGACCUAGAGAGUGAGGAAUUCAAAGUUCAUGACCCUUGCGUAGCGUGGUUGAACGAGAACGAAGUGGCUGUGCGCACCACAGAGGGACACGUCCUGUCGUUCAGCCUCAACAGCAACCUCACCACAGCUCUGCUGGAUAACAGCUCCCUGGAUCUGAGUGCUACAAAAUUCCAAGUGUCUGCAGACAAGAGGUUUGUCCUCUUGGCGUACAACAUUCAAAUGGUAUUCACUCAGUCCUUCACAGCCUCCUAUGCUAUCUACAAUGUGACUAAUGGGGACCUGCUGGAGCUGAACCCUCCGCAGAGGGACAAGGCAGUGCUACAGUAUGCUUCAUGGGGGCCUCAGGGGAACCAGCUGGCAUAUGUGUUUGACGGGGAUAUCUACUACAAACCGAGUGUGACCAGCAAACCCCUGCGUCUCACAACCACCGACCAGGGCCAGAAUUUGGUGAAUGGGAUCUCUGACUGGACUUAUGAAGAGGAGGUGCUUUUGACAUAUGUUGCCCACUGGUGGUCUAUGGAUGGAGCCAGGCUGGCAUACCUCAGCAUCAACAACUCUGCCACACCUGUGAUGGAAAUACCUCAGUUCUUAGGUGGUCUUUAUCCAUCCAACAUGUUCUUCCAUUACCCCAAGGCUGGAUCAAGUAUCCCAUCAGUCAAUCUGUUUGUGGUGAAUCUUUAUGGUCCAGCUCACACUCUGGAGAUGAUGCCUCCUGACUCCCUUAGGACCAGGGAGAACUACAUCUCUAUGGUGACUUGGAUCAGCAGCACUCGCCUUGCGGUGCGUUGGCUGAAUCGUGUCCAGAACCAAUCGGUGCUCUGCGUGUGUGAGGCCACCACAGGGGCCUGCUCAGAGAAACACAAAAUGGCCAUGGACAUAAUGCAAAACCAACGACAGGACGUCCCCCUGUUUUCAGCCGAUGGCUCUGUGUUUUAUACAAUACUGCCAGCAAAACAAGGAGCUCGUGGAGAGUUUCACCACAUCGCCGGACUCUCAGCGCAGCCUGCCAUCCCAUCUGUCCCUCCUCGCUUCUUGACAUCGGGGAGCUGGGAUGUCACCUUGCUCUGCACCCUAGACGAGAAGGCUGGAAAACUCUAUUUCCUGAGCACAGAGGAAUCCAGACAAAGUAGACACCUUUACAGUGUGGACCUGGAUGGGGUGUUUCAGCGGCGAUGCGUCUCCUGUAACCUCAUCGAGGGAUGUCGCUUCUUUAGAUCUGAAUUCAGCCCCAAUCAAACCUACUUCACACUCCAUUGCUUAGGCCCUGGGAUCCCUAAAGUGACGGUUCACAGUACAAAGGACCCCUCCAGAUAUGUUGUUUUGGAGGAUAACAGCCCUCUAUCUAGGGCCCUGCAGGGCAAGAGGCUCCCAGAGACUUUGUUCAGGACACUCCCAGCAGAGAACCAUGAUCUGCACCUGAAGCUAUCUCUACCUCAGGGUUAUGAGGCCAACCUGCAUCCUCUCCUCAUCAUUGUAGAUGGUGUACCCGGUGGUCAGUCGGUGACUGAGGAAUUCUCCCUUGACUGGCCUCAGGUGCUCUCCAGUGCACAGAAUGUGGCCCUGGCCUGGGUGGAUGGCAGGAGUGGGGUUGGCCGUGGACAGAAGACCUCUGCUUUGGAUCCACGCAAGCUUGGCUCACUGAGAGUCAAAGAUUAUCUGGCGGUUAUUGAGUUUUUAAUGCAACUGCCAUACAUUGAUGAUCGCCGGAUGGCCCUCUAUGGCAAGGCAUUUGGUGGAUAUUUAACUCUCAAGAUGUUGGCUGCGACAGAUAAGCUCUUUCAGUGCACAGCUGCUGCUGCACCAAUAACUGACUUCAGGCUGUACAGUGCCGCAUUCUCUGAAAGAUAUCUAGGCCUUCCAGCAAAGGAGGAGCAUGCUUACUCGACUGCCUCUUUGCUGGAGGAGGUUAACAAGCUGAAAGAUGAGAAUUUCCUUAUUCUGCAUGGAACUGCAGACGCGAGGGUACACUUCCAGCAUAGUGCCGAGCUCCUGAGCCGACUGGUGAAGGUGGACGCCAACUACUCACUGCAACUGUACCCAGAUGAGGGUCACGUGCUGAGAGAGCCCCGUAGCAUGCAACACUUCCAGCGGACAGUGGUGAACUACCUCCAAACCUGCUUGAAGCACAGCGUCCUCCUAGAUCCCAUAGAGGAUGAAGAGGAGGAAGACGACUGAGCCUAGAGUUUCCCUUUCCUUCUUCUGCAUGGAAGGACUCUCUAAGGACUGUACGCCAUUUUAUGCAUUACCUUGGGUCGGCUUACCAGACACAAGAGCACAGGAGUGGGGACCAAACACAUCAGAUCACCUCCUACAACUACUGGAAACAUUGAUGUACUGUAUAUCUUGUUGCACACACUUAUUUCUGUUCAAGACACUGUUUGUUUACAAAAAUUGACUUGAGAUGAUGUGAACUAGAAAACUGCUGAUUCCGACAAACGUUUACAAAGACUUGAAAACAUGCAUGUCUUAAUGGCUGCAUGAUGUGGAUUGGUUUACAUUGCAUUGUCUGUACUCUGUAAAUUUUGAAUAUCACCCAUCAUGUGUAUGGAGUACAAAAUCUGCCAGCAGCCAGGAACACACUGGAAGACUUAAAAAUAUAUACUGAUGCAGAUAGAUUUCAAGACAAACUUGGUUGACAAUAUCACGUUUAGAUUUAAAGCUGCAGUCAGCAGGGUUGCUUGAAAAGUAAUAGAUUGGGGAGUUCCAUCCAUAGGUUAUUAAAAUAUUCAUGUUUCUGUCUGACCUGAGCUCCUCUCAUCAGCACGGAUAUAUGCUCUCGUUUCAUACCCGACAGAUGACUUGAGGGAAUCUCUCCGUCUCUGAAACGCUUAACUCACAUUGACACGUGUUUUUUUUUGUGUUUAUUGUCUGACCGUUUUAGACUCUUAACUUUCUUUAGGUUUCUUUGUAGUGUAGGCAGUUGUUGCUGGUGCUGGAGUAGCAGCCACUUGGGGACAUGCAUGCAGCCAGUAGGAGCCCUCACUCUUUACUGCCCUGUGACUGGUCAAAGUCUGCUGUGACACCAGAGAUUUAGUUGUGACGCUUUAAUCAGAGCCCAGAAGAGGUGCAGAGGUGUCGUGUUUGCUCUCAGAUCACUUGUUUUACAGUGUGCUGCAAAAUAAAUCUUCUUACUGUAACUUAAUGUAGAUUUGUGUUUUAUGAACAUCAUGUCCUACAUAUUCCUGGGGUGGACUGACUUCUCAGUCCAUAAAAUUGUAUCUUUUUUGUCAAAGUCUUUUGUACAGUGUGUUCCUGACUUAAUGCAGCAUAUGGACACUUUGUGGGUUUUAUCCACUGGUAUUAUUUGCAUUAUGUGAUAAGUAUACAGCUGAAUUCAUUUACACCACCAGCUCCAGUUCAAGAAAUAUUGAAAUAUUAAGAACUUCUAUGUAGGUCACUACAAUAUGUUUCUGUUUGUAAAUGUCUUGGCAUUUUAAUCAUUCCUAGUGUUCUGCAGAAUUAAAUUAUUUCUUUGCACACAAUGUUGAGCCAUUAUGAUAGUAAUUGGAUUGACCAUUAAAAUAUCAACCAUACCACACUGGUAAACUGCAUGCAAUUUGUAAAUGAAUGCCCGACUCUAAACAACCAGCUUCUCCUUUCUCUUUUUUCCCUCGACGUUGUUGACAAUAAAGAUUGAGCUUCUCAUUUUACAGCAAACCUUAUUUGGUGUCUUUACUAAUCACCAUGGCUGCCAUGGCAACAGACACACUUGAGGGUAUAAAUACUGACUUUGAUCUCUGCAAAAGUAUCGUUGCAGCCUUCACAGCAAUUCUAAUUAUCUGCUGCUGCAAUAUAUGCUGAUAAUGACAGAUAUAUAGCUAUUAAAACUAUUGAGAGCUUUGUUUUUUGUCAACUGUUUUUAAAGAGGUGAUGAUUGAACUAUGUGGUUAUUUUCGAGUAUGCAGUUUGGACUACUGUGCUGAGCUGUACGUCUCAUUUCUGUCACAGAAACCGUACUGUUUAACGUGUAACCUUUACAAAGGGAGGACUGUAUUGCACAUUUUGGUUGCAUAAGACAGACUUUUAGUUAUGUGUAGCUAAUAAACUUCAACUGGUGACUGUA